AUGGCUAGACCUAUUGAAGUUGUCAAAGAUAUCAAUGAUUCAAAGGAUUUAUGGAAGAUAGCCGUUAGAUGCAAACAUCUAUGGAGUGUUACCAGUGCUUCGAACAAAGAGCACUUGGAGAUGAUUUUGGUUGAUUCGAAGCUUGAUAUGAUUCAAGGUAUUGUGCCUCAUUUUUUGGUUCAGAAAUUUCAUAUGCAACUUCAAGUUGGAUGUUCUUACAUCAUGCAAAAUUUUAAGGUUUCAAACAAUGAUUUUUCUUUUAAGUCUACCAACCAUAGUUUCAAAUUGGUGUUUUAUGGUUCAACUUCGGUUAAAAAGAAAGAACUGGCUGAGAUUCCUGUAAACUAUCUUAACAUUCUUGGUUUGGAUUCAAUAACUGAGGGAAGAUUUAAAGGAGUAACUGAGAUCUCUCAGUCCCAAAUAAUUGCUGGUAACAACAAAGCAAAUAAAGAAGUUGUUCAAUAUACUCUGUGGGGUAAACUUGAUGUGCAACUUUACGAAUAUUACACCAAUCAUAAGGAAGAUGGCACAAUCGUUGUUCUACUGAUUAAUGCAAGGGUUAAGGAGCCUCAAGGAGGUUAUCUGUUGAGUAUUUUGAACGCAUGGAACGACACAAAAUUGGUGAUUAAUGAUGUUAGCAUUGAGGAGAUUAAUAAGCUUAAGGAAAGCCUUAAGAAUGCUUUACCGUUGCUUUCAUCUUCGAGUCUGCAAGUCGACACAACACAAAACUCCCAGUUUUCUGAGUUUGAUAAGUUUGUGUGGAAAGCUGAAAUUUUGAGCCUUUCAAAAAUUGCAAAUUUACAACAUAAGACUACAUGUAUGACUCUUGCAACGUUGGAGAAAUUUGAUUAUGGACAGUCAGGAUGGUAUCAUGAUGGAUGUGUUGAAUGCACAAGAAGUGUAUCUUUAAAUGAUGGGAAACUUACAUGUUAUGCCAACCAUGUAUCUUCAGAGCUAGUACCGAGAUUUAAGUUUGAAGUCGUGGCGUCUGACGGUAAAUUCAAGUCCAAGUUUAUGUUUUGGGAUGUUGAUUGUAGGAAGUUAGUUGGAAAGUCAGCACUUCAACUGAAAAAUGCUUUGAUCGAGUCAGGAGAAGAUGAUCCCUUUGAAUUCCCAAAUGAACUUGACACAAUACUAAAAAAGGAUUUGGCUAUAAGGGCUGUUUUUCAACCUAAUAAGGCCCGACUAUCUGUCCUUGGAUACAAAAUAGAUGAGGAUACCCUGGAAGAUAUUGAGAGUGUCCAACUAUCCUCAACCAAGCUUAGCAAAGAUAUCAAGAUGGAAAAAUAG